AAGAGGAAGAAGCUGUAGAAGAAGAAACAGAAGAAGUGGAGGAAGAAGCUGAGGAGGAAGCUGAGGAAGAAGCUGAGGAAGAAGCUGAGGAAGAAGAAGAAGAAGAAGAAGAAGAGGAGGAGGGAGAUGGAGAAGAUGAAGAAGAAGAACCUGAGGAAGAAACUGAAGAACUUGAAGAAGAGCUCGAGGAAGCUGCUGAGGAAGAAGAAUCCGAGGAUCCUGACGUAGAAGAAGAAACUGCUGAAGAAUCGGACCUAGCAGAAGAAUCUGAAGAAGAUGUAGAAGAGCCCGUUGAGGAAGAAACAGAAGAAGAAGCUCCUGAAGAACCGGAAUCAGCAGAAGAGCCUGAAGAAGAGGAAGAACCUGAAGCCGAUGACGAAGAAGCUGAAGAAGGGGUGGAUGACCCUGCUGAUGAAGAACUUGAAGAGCCUGCCGAGGAAGAGUUAGUUGAUUCUGGUGUUGCAGAACCAGAAGAAGCUACUGAAGAAGAGAUUCCGGCAGAAGAGCCCGAAGAAGAAGUUGAAGAACCUGCUGAGGAAGAGCCAGAAGAAGAAGAGGUGGAAGACCCUGCUGAAGAAGAAGAAGCUGAAGGAGAGGUUGAAGAACCUUCUGAGGAAGAGCCAGCAGAAGAAGAGGUUCAAGACCCUGCUGAGGAAGAAGCAGAAGAGGAACCAGAAGAAGAGGAAGCUGAAGUAGAGGCUGAUGAAGAACCAGAAGAAGAAGAUGCUGAUGAAGCGACACCAGCAGAAGAAUCUGAAGAAGAGUUUGAAGAACCCCCUGAGGAUGUGACAGAAGAAGCAGCUGAGGUCGAAGUGGAGGAACCUGAACAAGAAAGUGUAGAAGAGGCUGAGGAAUCAGAGGAAGAGGCACAUGACCCUGUUGAGGAAGAACCAGAAGAAGGGGAAGAAGAAGUAGAAGAACCUGAAGAACCAGUUGUAGAAGAGGCUGAGGAAGACGCGGAAACUGUAGAAGAUGUUGAAGAAGAGCCAGAGGAAUCUGAAGAAGAAGAACCGGAAGCCGCUGAAGAAGAAGGAGAUGAUGAUGAACUUGCUGAAGGAGAAGCAGAAGAAGUAGUAGAUGAUGGUGAUGAGGAAGAAGAAGUUGAAGCGCCAGAAGAGGAAGCUGGGGAAGAAGUUGAAGAAGCUGCUGAAGAAGAAGCGCCUGAAGAAGAAAUAGAAGAAGCUUCUGGCGAGGAAGCCUCAGAAGAAGAGGGAAUUGCUGAGGUUGAACCAGAAGCAGAAGAGGCGACUGAAGAAGUAGACACAGCAGAAGGUCAUGCUGACGAAGAGCCUUCUGAGGAAGAACUAGAAGAAACUGCUGUUGAAGCAACUGAAGAAGAAUUCGAUGAAGAAGCAGAAAUUCAAGCCGUUCGCGCUUUAGAUGCUGUAUUGGAUGAGGCCGAACAAGAAGAAGAGUUACCUCAAGAUGAAGAAGAAGUGAACCUGGGGGAAGAAGUCGAUGUUGAACCAGUAGUAGAGCUUGUAGAGGUAGAAGAGGUAGCAAAUUUAGAAGAGGCUGAAGAACAUGAAGUGGGACCGCAACCGUUAUUGGAAGUGGUUGAAGAAGAGCUAGAGGUCGAAGAUGAUAAGGUAGAAGUGUUGGAUGAAAGGGUCAACGGGUUGGAUGAGCCUAAAACGGUAAGUGAAGAGCAAGAAGACGAUGACGAUGACGAUGACGAUGAGGAGGAGGAUAAUGUGCAAAAGUUCGAGUGCCGACCGCGAAGGGUAAGUCAUGAUGGCAAGAAAAAUUUGCGACACGGUUACAUAAGCAUAUGCAUACAUAUAAACACAUUUACACAAGCUUUUACAUAUCGUCACCUUAAUUCACAA